AUGUAUCCUAUUACUCGCCCCAGACUUGCUCUGUUAUUCAAGCGCCCGGGUCCAGUUGCCUGUACCCGCAAUUCAUCAUCAUAUAGCAGCAGCAACAGCAACAGCAACAGCAACAGCAAUAAUAGCGAUAAUCGUAACCAAAAAAGUAGAAAGCCUUUCAUCACCACUCCAAGUCGAUCCGACAAGCUAAAUGAGACCCAUGUCCAAAGCGAACAACAAUUUAUGCCUAUUGUGGAUAUCCCCACAAACGAAUUUGCUCACAAUGUAUUCUUUUCAAUGCACAUGCCGUUGAUGGGUCUAGAAGAGAACCAACGUCGAUCGUUUAUGUCUCAAUUCUUUUGUACGCCAGAAGAACAAGAAGCUAAUGAAGCUAAUGCUGAAGAUGCUCAUGGUGAACUGGUGGCCCGCCAUAUGAUGGAAUUAGAACCAUUUAACCCACCAGCCCCGCCUGGCACAACAACAAGUCACAAUUGUCCGUCCACAACUACUACAUUUACGAUUAGUAUGGAGGAAUUGGCAUCAAUGUCUUCAGGUCGAUCUUCUUUAUUCUUUCUGCGAGAGAAUGAAGAGAUGAUUGAUUAUUUGACCGCUAUGCAUGACAAGCUCAAAGCACAAGAAGAGCAGGCUAGGGCUGUGAGUGAGAGAAUGGAUAAGAAUAGGAAGAAGAAGAAACUUCGUUUUUUUGAUUCUGAAAAGACCAAAGACGAAGAGUGA